AAUAAAAAAGAAACAUAAAGAGCUUUUAUAUUUUAUGUAAAACUUUAUUUGAUAAUCCCAAUUCUUCCCACUGUUUCUUUCUCUUCCCUUCGCCGGCCAUUUUACUCGCAAUUCUGGUUGCGGAGAUCAUGUGACCCUCUCCCCCUCCCCGCCCCUCAUCCUCCUUCUUUCUACCUACAGAUACAUAUGUUGUAUCUCUUUUCUCUGUGUGUGUACUCCAGUAGAUGCACUAGCUCCAUAAUUGUGUGCACGCACAUAUAUUUUACUAUCUCAAGUAAAGCCACCUAGGUUGCACUCACACAUUAGCUCAUUCUACGCGCUGCUUUUUUUUUUCCUUCACAAAUUGAGGAGAUUCGAACUGUUUUAGCUGCGAUCAUCAAUUUUGAAUAAAGUUUUGUAAUCGUCUAGUGAAUUUCGGAGUGUUCAUUUGGUUUCAGUCUGUUCUCUUUUUUUUUUUGGUGGAAUUUUUUUUUAAUUGAAUUUGGAAUAAUGAUGAUCGAUAGUGUGGCGUAGUGUUAAUCGAAUUGGCGGAAGUGAGGUUUUUCACUGAUCUUCCGGUUUUCUGAAAAUAUCUGGAGUUUUUUUUUUUUUUUUUUGGUUUCAACAAUUUGGAAUCUGAAAACGUGUAAAUAUAUAAUUGGAGAGUUGUUGGAUGUCGAAAGUGGUGUAUGAGGGAUGGAUGGUGAGGUAUGGGAGGAGGAAGAUUGGGAAAUCCUAUAUUCAUAUGCGUUAUUUUGUUCUUGAGACUCGAUUAUUGGCCUAUUACAAGAAGAAGCCUCAGGACAAUGUGGUUCCAGUCAAGACUCUUCUAAUAGAUGGCAAUUGUCGGGUGGAAGAUCGCGGAUUGAAGACUCACCAUGGACAUAUGGUUUAUGUCUUAUCAAUAUAUAACAAGAGAGAGAAGUAUAAUCGAAUGACGAUGGCAGCUUUCAACAUUCAGGAGGCACUUAUUUGGAAAGAAAAGAUCGAAUCGGUGAUUGAUCAGCAUCAAGAGUCAAAAGGUGCUAAUGGUAAUAAGUAUGUCUCCUUCGAGUACAAAUCCGGAAUGGACAGUGGGAGGAACGGUUCCUCAUCAGAUCGUGAAAGCCAGUUAAGUGCUGCUGAGGAUGAAGAUGAUUCUCAUGCAAACUUGCUGCGAAGGACUACAAUUGGAAAUGGUCUUCCUGAGUCGGUGGUUGACUGGACAAAGGAAUUAGACUCAGAUUUGUCAAACCAGAAUGCUAGCAAUCAAGCGUUCUCGAGAAAGUACUGGCGGUUGCUUCAAUGCCAAAACGGGCUUCGCUUAUUUGAGGAGCUUCUUGAUGUUGAUUUUCUACCAAAGAGCUGCAGUAGAGCAAUGAAGGCUGCUGGGGUUGUGGAGGCUAGUUGUGAAGAAAUAUUUGAGCUUGUAAUGAGCAUGGAUGCAACACGUUUUGAGUGGGACUGCAGCUUCCAGGAUGGUAGUUUAGUUGAGGAGGUAGAUGGACACACAGCAAUACUAUAUCACAGACUUCAACUGGAUUGGUUCUCGACGUUUAUAUGGCCUCGUGAUCUUUGUUAUGUACGAUAUUGGCGUCGAAAUGACGAUGGCAGCUAUGUUGUGUUAUUUCGUUCUAGGGAGCACGAGAAUUGUGGUCCAGUACCUGGAUAUGUUCGCGCUCAUAUAGAGAGUGGUGGAUUCAAUAUUUCUCCUCUCAAACCUCGUAAUGGGAGGCCCAGAACGCAAGUCCAACACCUAAUGCAGAUCGAUUUGAAGGGGUGGGGUGUUGGCUAUAUCUCAUCCUUUCAACAGCAUUGUCUGUUUCAGAUGUUAAACAGUGUUGCUGGACUUCGCGAGUACUUUUCCCAAACUGACGAAAGGGCUGCUACGCCGAGAAUACCAGUUAUGGUUAACAUGACAUCAGCAUCUAUCUCCAAGAAGAGUCAACACGAAUUAGGGACUUCUCAUCACCGUACUGCGUCCUUAGACCUAGUACAUGCUGCAAAUAGAAAUGCUUCAAUGAUGGAUGAUAUCUCUGAUGAGGAUGAAGAUUUUCAAGGGGCCGAUCAGGAGGUAAUGCCACCCAGCUUUGAAAAUGAAAUGAAGAAGACUGCCCUUGAAGAACCUUUGGAGCAAAUUGAUUUGUCCAUUUUCUCGGGUAACCUUCGACAUAAUGACAAUGAUGGUGGACGUAAUUGCUGGAGAAUAUCUGAUGGAAAUAACUUUCGAGUUCGUAGCAGGAAUUUUUGUUAUGACAAAUCAAAGACUCCUGGGGGUAAACAUUUAAUGGAGCUUGUUGCGGUUGACUGGUUCAAAGAUACUAAACGCAUGGAUCAUGUUGCCAGGCGUCCUGGUUGUGCAGCACAAGUUGCUUCAGAGAAAGGACUGUUCUCUUUGGUGUUUAAUCUUCAAGUACCCGGAUCAACUCACUACAGCAUGGUUUUCUAUUUUGUAAUGAAAGAGCUAGCACCUGGUUCUCUCUUGCAACGUUUUGUUGAUGGUGAUGAUGAUUUCCGCAACAGUAGAAUGAAGCUCAUCCCUUCAGUGCCGAAGGGAUCCUGGAUUGUGCGUCAGAGUGUUGGAAGUACCCCUUGUUUACUGGGGAAAGCAGUUGAUUGCAACUAUAUCCGCGGGCCUACAUAUUUGGAAGUUGAUAUUGAUAUUGGUUCUUCUACGGUGGCAAAUGGCGUUCUGGGGCUUGUGAUUGGUGUAAUUACGUCACUAGUAGUUGAUAUGGCUUUUCUUGUACAGGAAUAAGGCUAAGUUGCUCGGACUCAGGUGCGGGUGUCCGAUACGGUUGCGGAUAUAGAGGUCGGAUCCUUCAUAAUCUAAAUUUUAAGAUUCGUGGGUAAAGAUCCAGGUACAUAUACAGGUGCGGGGAUUUCCCUAAAAAUACUUCAAAUAUCUAAAAAUAGAGUUAUAAAAAUAUGUCUAAAUUAUGAUACAUUAUGUGGAAAACUUAUAAGAUAUUCCGAGAAGGAGAAAAUAUUGAUCAAGAAGAGAAUCCGGGAAGGAGAUAAAAAGGAAAAGGACUGACAUAGAAAUUUCUAUAUACAAGGUAUCCAAUGUUCUUCAAUUUCACCCUAACUUUUGUUUUGAUGUCAAAAAUUAUUGUAUCUGUCCUGAAUUUUUCUAUCGAUUUUGAUCCAAGUACCCAAAAUUGGUAGACCAGAUCUAGUAUGGAUCUCACACUCACGCCCACGUCGUGUCAAAACGGGUGCCGCACCGAAAGUGAAGAGUCCGAGCAA